AUGCGAGUUAUCAAGGGCUUCUGCUACGUCACUGGAGCAAAACGUCCUGGAAACCGAAAGGCCGGAGUUGCCAUCUACGCUAAGGGUGGCAUCAUAGUUACACAUCGAGAGAUUCGCAGCGACGUUCACGAAUACGGUGAGUGCUGUGCCGUACGCCUUCCCACAGAUCUCAACGUAGUUACUGUGUACCUCCAGCCAGGGAUUACACACAGGCAAGCGGCAGCCGCUGUAAACCACAUGAUGGACUUCGCUAUGCUUACUCAGGAGUGGGUCGUCAUGACGGGUGCGUCUGCGGAAAGCAGCGCAUUCGUGGAGGUCGAAUCGUCGGUGGCCAGGACGCCUACGACGGAGAGUUUCCUUGGAUCGAUUAGUGGACAGCACGAGUGUGGUGGAACGAUCUUAAACAGGCGAUGGAUACUAACAGCUGCACAUUGUCUCCAGAGGGCGACGUUGCGGAGCCUGCGUGUGCGCGUCGGAGAGUAUCACUUACUGCGAUCGGAGUCUGGCCAUCGGUCCGUCGACUUGGCUCCAGAGAAGUUUGUGCUGCACCCAGAGUUUGGCUUCCCCAAGAGGCUCAACAACGACAUUGGACUCCUGAAGGUGGCUGCUGACAUACCACUAAGCGAAUAUGCCGUGCCCGCUUGCCUUCCGGGAGCGAGUAGUCGCGAACUGUAUCUGGGAGGCAAGAACGGCACCGUAGCAGGAUGGGGUUACGUCCGGGAACUGCGGCUUGACAAUUUUGGAGGCGACAGUCUUAAUAAAUACACCACAGACGUGCUGCAGAAGGUGGAACUCCCACUGCUCGACAAUCAACAGUGUAACGCACUCUAUACUGAAGCAGACAAGUCGAUUCGCGUGCAAGGAGCACAGAUGUGCGCCGGGCUUCGGGAUGGCAUGAAGGACGCUUGCACGGGUGAUUCCGGAGGGCCACUCAUGAUGAAGGAAGGCUACCGUUACACCGUGAUCGGUGUCGUGUCCGGCGGUAUCGGUUGUGGACGCCCAUUGCUUCCUGGUCUAUACACCAGAGUUGCAUCGUAUAUUCCGUGGAUUAUGCGACAUGUCUCCAAGAGGUGCUAAACCCGCUACGCUACAUGUGCCUACAUGGAGCGAACCGGGGCAAUGGAGGGAUUCAACCAAACGUGAACAGCUGACUGAGUUGGAAGGCACUGACUUCUUCUCUUUUUUUCGCGUCACUUCUUUUCCUACUGCACUUUUCCAAGCUUCGAAGUGGAAGUUCUUGGAAGUCCCAUCAGCUCUGAAGUUCACGUGUUCCAGGAAAAUAACGACUGCGAUUAGAAUGAAUCUAUUCGUUUGGUGAUCUGCUCGGCCGCUCCGACUCCAUGCUCUGCUCUCGCUGUGCCGUUUUGGCAGAUAUCAAGUAUAUGCUACUCGACUGCCAUACAGUUCCCGAAGUUCAGCUACAGUACUACAGUACAGUACUACAUACUACAGUUCCCGAAGAGCAGCGCUUCAGUGUCGUCCGCAAUGUAUCGCUGCCGCACCAUUCACAUUAGCAACCAUCAUCGGCCUUUGGACUAACAUGAUCGAACAUCGUCAUGCUCUGCAGUAUUUCGUGAUCUUUUCCCGUGAAACCGGUUUCCUCUCUAUCCUAUGAUGUGCCUGUGUACUGUGUAUUUAAGUUAUGUGCAAGUCUAGCUCAAACUGCAGCAUUGCCCGUAAUCGUUUGCGUUACGAUGCCUGGUCAAAAAGGAUGCAGUGUGGGUACUGGCUGUGUGGGCGGCACCAUUGCAGCAACGAAUUAUUAGUUAUUUAAAUCACAAUUAGAAUCGGUGAUUUAAAUAGGAAUGAUUUAAAAUCACGCCACCUGUCACCGACAUUACUUUUCCCAACUUUUGUCC